AUGGAUUCUUUUGAUGCACAGGAUGAGCUGGAUUUAAAAGAAUGAAAAAGCUUUAUUAAUGAUCCUGAUUAUAUUGAUUCUAUAGUCUAUGAAGAAGAUAUAGAAAUAGAAUACAAUAAAUUCAGAGGCUUUAAGCUUACUGAUUAUUGUAUGAAUAAAUAUUCCUAUAAUUUCACUAAUGACCCAAUUGAGGACCCACAAAUAGACAAAGACUAUAUCAAUUCCCUUUUGCAAACUGAAGCAGACUUAGAAAACUCAGAAAAGAAAAAACUUAUUUUAGACCAAAUCGAAGAAAAUUUCCUACAAAGAUUUUCCAAAAGUGACGUAAAAGUCACUAGAUUUUUAAGCCUAAAGUCCCAAGCCUCAGAAAGCCAGCAGCCUAUAUUAAAAUUAGAAGAAUUAUCUCAAAUUUCCUCAAAAAUCUAUACUCCUGUGCAAAAUUAUUAUAAUUCUCCUACAGCAAUUUCUAUAUCAAAGCAAUAUAUCAUUAUAGGAAAUGCCCAAGGGCUAUUAAAAGUAUUUAACCACGAAGGAAAAGAUAUAAAACAACUGGUGCCAGACGAGCAAACCUCAGCACAAGUAACAGCAAUUGAUAUUUCUGAUGACGAGCAGCAUGCAAUAGCAGGAUAUAGCAAUGGAUAUGUAGGAUUAUGGGAACUCAAAUCAGGAGACUGUGUAAAAUUCGCAGGGACAAGCCACAAAAGCCAAAUCCUGACUAUAAAAUUUUGGAAAAAAGGCAAACUUAAUGCAAUUUCUUGUGACGCGGCUGGGAAAAUUAAUCUUAUUGAGUUUAUGAAGCUUUUUAUAGCGACGACUAUAAAUACCCGCACCAUGAUCAAUGGAGACUUAGGGGUGUGUACUAGUAUAAAAAUUUUGGUGCCAAAUGUGUACAUUCCUCAUCCAACUGAUGCGGCUAAUGUAAUUGCGAUGACAUUUUUAGAUAAAAUCAUGAUAUUUACUAUAGAGCCAGAAUUUAAACUUGUUUAUAGCAUUGAAAGACCUGGGUGAAUUUUCCCUGAAGAUUUGCCAUAUGUGGCUUGGAAACUUGGGCUGUGUCCUAAUGAUAACCAUAUAAAAGGGCCGAUUCUGGCAGUUGCGUGGGGAAAACUUGUAGCUUUAUAUAGAGUAAAUGCACUUAAUAAAAAUGAAAUAGAAAUUGCUGGCUCUAUGAAACUUGAUGACUGCACUAAUGGAAUAAUGUGACUUAGUUAUGACACAAUUGCGGUAUUAUCUGAAGAAAACAUUUAUGCACUAAAUUCAAAAGAGUUUAAUUUUAUUGAGGAUAAAGUAGUUGAGCAAGAAACUAAGCUGAAAACGAGAAUUUUAAAUCAAAAAUUCAUAAAAAAUAGCGAUGCGGUACCUAUAUCGGCAUAUUAUAACUCAUAUGAAGCUUUUGAUAAUGCUUUUCAUUUUUUAGGAGAAAAAGGAAUAUAUAAAGGAGUUCUUCUUGAUUGAAUACAAGUGAUAGAAAAUUUGAAUAAUUAAAUAUGGCGUCUCAACUUGGGUCUGGCCUCUCGGCCAGACAGUUUCGAGCCCUAUUUAAUUAUAUCCGGCAAGGUUUUGCCUAGCUAGAGAUGGACAGCAAUAUCAGGUAAGCAAUUCUGGCAGUAUACAGAGCCUGAUGCCAGUCCGUUCUCGGGUUAGGAUUUUACCUCGAGGGAAGAGGAGGCUUGGAGUUGGAAAGGAGAAGCCCAGCAGCGCCUACAGGUAAUCCCUAGGCCAUUCGAGCAAAUCUCUAGCGAGAAAACCGGAGUUUCGCCCCGGGCUACAAGUUUUCCUCUUUUGCCGAAAGUCGGCCAGAAAUACCAUUUUUUGGAAUUUCCCAGCAGACAACCCUCGUUACAGAGAAAGUAGCUCAAUCAUGAGCCGUCGAAGCCGGAACAUCGCCCAGGAGGCGCGCGUUGGAGAUCAAAGCUAGCUGUCCCAGCAACUAGUGGGCCCCGAGCGACGAGAGCGUGGUGGUAGUCCUGGAAGAGCAACCCCGUAGGAGACGUUAAACGUGAUGGUUAAUAAGUUAAGUUAAGAUAGAAAAAUUUGAAGGAAAAAGGAGAAUGAAUACAAUUGCUGUCACUAUGCUUAGAAAUUUAUCAUGGAAAAAGAAAAAAAUUAUUUAAUCUACCUUUUUCAAAAAGUGACAUAAAGCCAUAUUUGGAAAAAGUAAUUGCAGAGUAUAUAGAAUUGAAUUUUAUUAAUUAUGAGUCCAAAGUGAAUAACUCUAUAGAAUAUUGUAUAGAGAUUGACUCUCUGGAAUAUCUCUUUAACAUUUCUUCAAACACUGAACAGUCAGAGUAUUUUUAUGAUAUAAUUGGUAAAUAUGCUUUAGCGCAAGAAAUCAAAGCGAUUCCAAGAGAGGUUUUUGUAAAGAUCAGUGAAUUUUAUGUGAAAACUGGAAACUUAUCGGUUCUUGAAAGCAUAAUAAUCAGCUUGGACCCCAAAACAAUUGAUCGUGACUAUGCAAUAGAAAUUUGUAAAAAAUUCAACUUUAUAGAUGGACUAAUUUUUGUGUGCACAAAUUCUACUCCAUUAUCUUUUAAAAAGCCUCUUUCCUAUCUCUAUGCUCAGAUAUACUCUCAAGAGUUACCGAGUGCUAAAAGGUCGCUGGCGUACAAAAUUAUGUGAUAUGCAAAGCGUUGUUUCAAAGGAAACUCUUUUCCCUCAGGCAGAAUGAUUCAUGAAUCAUGGGAACUAUCUAUAAUCCAAACAACAAAAUGGUUAUUUUCAUCAGAUCAUUUAGAAACUUUAAUUCGCUUUAAUAUAGAUGAAAUGCUUACUUCCCUCUCCGUGAACGAGGAAAAAAAUUUUGCUCUCUUACAUAGAGGGUAAAUUUUUUAUUUUAAAUCUCAUUUUAUAGAAAAAUUAUUUUUUUUGGAAAAUUCCGGAAAAACGUGCUAUUGGGUUAUCCCAAUUCGUAUAAAAUUUAUGUUUUAAAAUGAGAAUUGUUCAAAAUUCAACAGAAUAAGCUUGAUAUCAUCAUAAUAAUUAUUAUAUUUUUUUAUCACAAAUUUUUUGCUUUCUUACGAGGCGAGGGUGAUUUUUCCCCCAAAAAAAUAAUGAUUUUGCUCGACAUGGAUAGGGGCGAGUCAGCAUAAUUUGAAUUUUAUUUGAAGAAGCCUUCCCUUUAGAAGUUUUAAGCCAUAACCAAAAUGUUAUCCCGGACCAAAAACAAAUAAUUGAUGAGCUUGAAAAACUUUUUAAGCAAAAUACACCAGAUUUUCAUAAAUUCGCGAAUUUUAUCACAAAAGCUAUUACUGUAAACAGCUUAUUUGUUUCAAAACAGAUAUGCUUGAAGACGGCUAUUUAUUUAUUGCAGCUUGAGCAAGAAAAUUAUGAUUCAAUAGAUAGGAAAUUUGUUAGGCCACAAGAUGAUGGAUUUUUGAAAAGAAACAGCAAGUUGAUUUUGAAAAUGCUUAAAAAUUGUGACCUAGACAGCGAAAAUGAAAUUAAGCAGGUUCUCGCCAUUUCACUAAAAUCACCUUACGAUAAAGUAAUUGCAUUUUUAUACGAAUUAAAGCGAGAUUUUCCUCAUUGUCUGAAUAUAUAUUUAAGAUCAAAUACUGAACAUGUAAGAACCCACGUAUUUAAAUGGAUCGUCCAAGUCUUAAAAAGCCUUACUGAAGACGAAUUAAAAGAAUUUAAAUCUGCUAUAUUUGAUAAUCUCUAUAGACUUGUCCAAAUAGACAGCCCAAAAACUGUAAAACUUACUCGAGAAUUAUUUCAAUACGAAGAAAUUAAACUUAUCCAAAACUUACAAAAAUUCCCUGAACUACAGCUUAAAUAUUUAGACGGGCUCGUAAAAUUGUGCCAAAAAGAAGACCUUGAUCCUACACAUAUUUUAAAAAAAUAUAUUUACCUCAUGUGUAAAUAUCGCCCUGAAGAGGUUUUAUUAGCUUUAAAAUCAAGAAAUGAUUAUCCAAUAGAUGAGUGUUUAGAAAUAUGCAGAGAAUUUAACGUUUUAGAUGCAAGUGCUUAUUUGUACGAAGAACUUGGGGCGAUACGAGAAUCAUUUGAUAUCCUUCUUGGAUUUGUCAAAGAUAAGCAGCAAUUUUUAUUUGAAAUUGUGCAGAAAAAAGAAAAAAUCCUUGCGUCUUAUUUUGUAGAUUUAAAAAAAUCUAUAGAAGAGACAUUAAAUCUAUGUGCCAGAAAUACAGACAGGCUUGAUAAGAUCGAUAACGAAGAACAUUGAUUUAUGCUUCUUAAAGAAUCCCUUGACAUUUAUGCCCAUUUUCAAGACUAUUUUGUAUUAUACCCUGCUUUUGAGCCAGAAAUAAAAGAAGUCAUAAAAGAAAUCGUCGAAAAAAUGUCAGACAGCAUCCUAUUUAGCUCAAUAAUGAGCUACAUAAUAGAAAACUACAGUAAUAUCCCUAUUAAAUAUUUCAAAGAAACCAUUAUAGGAGUACUAUCAAGACUAGCUUAUCAAAAAAAAAUAAUUCGCCUUGCCAUUGAUUUACAGAAUAGAGACACAGUCCAGAUGUCAUAUAAACUUUUAAAGCUAAAAAACCAAGGAAUCAGCUCAAAAGACUUCAAUUGUUCUAAAUGUGAGGAGCCUAUACAGUCAGACGAGAUGAUGAAAAGAAUUGAUGAAAAAUUUCUUAUGUUUAUAUGUGGGCAUGCUUAUCAUGGGAAAUGCAUUGUAAAGCCAAUAUGUGAGAAAUGUGAUAGAGAUGACUUUAGGAAAGGAGAUUUUAAUUCGAAAUAUUCUAAUAAAAAUUAA